AUGCAAGCUUUGGAUGAUAUUAGUGAUGAUAGAAUUCUAACCGACGAGGAAGACGACAUGCUCGUGACGGUGAAAGUUGAGUUUGAAAAGGCUCAUAGACGUAAGGAAAUUUUCAUUCGUCAAAAAUAUAGAGUCAACGCUAUUCGUGAUGGGGAUAGAAAUACAAAGCAUUUUCAUCGUUUGUUAAGAAGGAAUAGAGCAAGAAACAACAUCAACAACCUCCGCAUCAAUGGUAUAUGGAGCGGGAACAAAGAUGAGAUUAAAGAAGACAUUGCGAAUCACUUUGAGGCAGCCUUUAAGGAAGUGUCUAAUCAUAAACCGAGAAUUAAUAAUAUGUGUCUAAAGAGUAUUGAUGAGAAUGCUAGAGUUUGGCUAGAGAGGACUUUUAGUGAAGAAAAGGUGAAGAAAGCGAUUCAUGAUUUGGGGGUGCAUAGAGCUCCGGGUCCGGACGGAUUCCUUAUGAAAUUUUAUAUUGUUGGGUGGGAGUUCAUUAAAGACGACUUGAUGAAGGUGUUUAAAGAUUUCCAUGAUAACAAUAUUCUUGAUACUUCUCUAAAGAACAACUUUAUGGCGUUAAUUCCGAAGAAAAUUGAUGGAGUUUUGAUAGCGAAUGAAUGUGUGGACUCUAGACUCAGUCAAAAAUUACCGGGGUUAGUAUGCAAACUAGACUUUGAGAAGGCAUUUGAUAAUGUGAAUUGGAACUUCUUAAAUGAGGUCCUAUUUAAAAUGGGAUUUGGAGGUGUUUGGCGUGCUGGGAUACGGAAUUUCUUAUCUUAUUCAAAAUUUUCGGUUCUCGUGAAUGGUACCACUCAUGGGUUUUUUGGUAGUGAGAAGGGUAUUCGUCAAGGUGAUCCUUUUUCUCCUUUUCUUUUUACCAUUGUUGGAGAGGUUUGA